GAGCGGCGCGGCGAAACAAAGAUGGCGCCGACAUCCAGCCUUGUCUGGAUAUAAACGACUUACUGUGCAUCUGCAGGCUUGUCCCCUUGCUAGGGCUCCCUCUAGUGGUGAACAGCGGUACUGCACACGUGCGGUUUAUGCACCAGGUGUCAGUUGACCGUUAAUAUGCUAAUGAGGUGAUUCAUUCUCCACCAAUCCCUGGAGGACAAGUAGUGGGGUGAUCCAAGACCCACCAAUCCCUGAGAGAUAAUUAGCAUACUGUUGUCUAUAUAAGCCGAGUGAUUUUGCUGCUCGGGGUCCCUGUUCAAGAGAGCUGUAACACUAAGAGAGCUGUAACACUAAGAAGAGCUGUAACACUAAGAAGAGCUGUAACACGGUAAAGGCUUGUUCGCAGAAGAAUCCUGUUGCCUCGAGUCGUUCUUGCUGGCGGGACAUUGGGCGCACGACAAGUGGUGCCGAAACCCGGGAACCAACAUCGUCGGUGCCGAGGGGACCCUUCAGUGUGCUGAAGAGGAUUCAGAACUGUGAGAAGGUAAAUUAAAAGAAUCAAGAAAAUCCAAUUUGGGUACCUGAGCGUUUGACUCGAAGAUUGUCUUCUGCUCUUCCUGAAGAUGAGACUACGAACCCUACUAUUACUACUGGGAAUGGUAAUACAGGUUAAUUCGCUCACCCUGUGGGCUAUUGCCAGAUCCUGGCCAGUACCCAUGCCAGUUCAUAGCAAUUCUACUGUUUUGAGAAUAAGACUGGCAAACAUAAUCUCUGGCCUUGGUUUCAAUGGAUGCUGUCUAAUGAGCAAGGGGCAUAUAUAUCCCUGACCCCCUUUGCUAGGUUGAUGGGUGAGAACUUCGUGCUGUAUAAUGUUUCAGCUACCAGAAAAAAUGAUACCAGGUUGACCAAUAUUCAAUAUAAUAACCUCUUGGCAAAUAAUACUGCCACUAGUACUUCAGUAUGUGUUAGAUCACCUUUUUUCUUUCUGAUAAGCACUAAUGUAAACAGUGGUGCUUUAAAUUGUAAUAGCUCUGAUGUAGUCUGCUAUUUAGCUGAAUGCUGGGAUGGCACCAAUGACACCACAGUGAUGGUUAAGAUUCCCUCCUUUGUGCCAAUCCCAGUGGAGGCAAACCCAGAUAGCUUUCCUAUUCUUAAUUUGCUGAGAGCCAAAAGAGAUUUUGGAAUUAUGGCAGCCAUAAUUUCAGCCAUUGUGCUGUCUGCUGCCGCAGCUACCACAGCUGAAAUCGCUAUGACCAAUCAAAUACAGACGGCUAAGACUGUCAAUCAGAUUGUAGAAAGAACUGCAGUGGCGCUAGAGAUACAAGAAGAAUUUAAUACCCAUUUGGCAUCUGGCCUUCUAUUAGCCAAUCAAAGGAUAGAUUUAGUUCAAGAACAAAUUGAAGCACUGUAUCAUAUGACACAGCUGUCUUGUGUUUCCUCCCUUAGAGGUUUAUGCAUUAUUCCUGUGCGAGCUAACUUUUCUCAGAAUUUUCAACAGAGCAAAGAAAUCUCAAAUUAUCUGAAAGGAAACUGGUCCAUGAAAGCAGAGCAACUAUCAAGACAAUUGCUGAUGCAUAUUGCUGUCCUCAACAGCACUAGGCUGGACCCCAUCACAGUUGAAGACUUUACCUCAUGGGUUACCAAUGCUUUCUCCCUUUUCAAGGAGUGGGCGGGCAUGUUUGUCCCAGGGAGCUAUUGUCCUUCUGGGAUGCGGAGUAGGUCUCUGGUUUAUUGGCCGUUUAAAAAGAGAACAUGCCAGACACAAAGUGGUUGUUUACCAGGCUAUGACCACCAUUAAAAAGGGUGCUUCUCCCAACAUAUGGCUGGCCUCUUUGAAAGAGUUCGCCCUAGAUCAUUUUUGUCACAGUCAUGUGGAGUCAUUGUAUCCAGGGACGGGCAACUUUCCUCGAGCUCAGACCAACCCAAGACA